GCGAAAUUUCGAUCUAAAUAUUUCUCCGAGGCGAUUAAACGCAUAUGUCGAGUCGAGUGAUCGCAAUGAUUUAAAGUUGAGCAUCAUGAAUUGCAAAACAACGAUUUUAUUUUUUCUAUUAUACACCUUCAAAAAUGGGUGCUCUUCAUUGUCAACCCAAACAUUGCCCAAAUAUGACAUGACCGAAACCCUAAGGAGCUCUAUUAACGCGUUAUUUGAAAAUGUUGGGACCGUGGCUGCGGGAAAAUUCAUCAAACAGAUGGAAACUCGUCAUACUCGACUCGACUAUCCACUGGAACAUGGAAUCCUGCUAAAAGAAAUUCACGCUUCGGUGAUGGGUUCGGUGGGCCGGAAGUUUGAUUGCAAUUUCCUCGAUGAAGAUUUGCGCAUAAAAAUCGACCAUCUUCAUACAGAAGUAAUCGGAUUUAUACGUAAAGAUGGCCACUCAGGUAGUUUACCACCGAUGACGGUGAAUUUCGAUGACUUUUCAAUACACAUGAGCGAUCAACUUUUUAUCAAUAUUUCAUACUCGAAAGCAGAAAUGAAUUUCAACGAAAGACAAGAAACAAGAGGAAGUUUCUGGCACGGAAAUUCGCUCACAGACGAACAAAAAGAGCAAUUGAAAAAAUCAAUCAAAUCAGUCCUUCCAACGCUGGUCAUCGAUACGAUUAGAAAUGACGAUCAAUACGCUGAGACAUUGAACAAAAGCAUAUUUCGUUGGCCCAAAAAGGAUCUCGAAUCGACAGUGCCCGAUUUCCAAGACUCCGAAUCACAAUAUUACUAUCUUAUUCGUGAAGUCCCAUUCCCAUUAUUCAAUCUGAAGAAUAUUGUGAUUCGAGGUUUAUCGAAUUUCGAAUCGCUUAAAUCCGAUGACCAAUUAGACGAUCUCGCCCACGUUUUGACCAUCGCAAAUGUUCGAGGAAGUUUAAUGGUAGAUUAUAAAGCUGUGAAUAAGACAUCGUCCAAGUCUUCCAAGUUGGACUUUACAGCAGAUCGUUUGGUCAUAACGGUAAGCUCGAAUAAAGAUCGUGUUAACGUCGAAGCUCGAGAUUAUAGGAUUACUCGGAGUGAAUCUGAUGUUCCGUUGAGUUUUGAUCAAUCUGCGAUGAUGGUGCAUAAUAUCGAAUCGGCCAUUGCGUCUUCUUUGAUGCGAUUCAAGAAAGUUUGGUGGAAAGAAUCCCAAUCGUUGAAAAAAUACGAUAACGAAGCCCGAGUAAGACACUCACUGGACGGAAUCGUGGGCAAAAAAGGACAAUACGACUACCAAAUUUCAUUCCACAACAUCACCGUAAAACUGGUCUCUGGUACUCCUUACCCUCAACAGAUCCACUGCGAAUUUCCAAACAGUUUGAACAUAACGCAUCGAAUCAACGCCAAACCGAUGGGACACCUGCGUUUAAAUAACGAACAAGAUAGCACGAUUGAUAUCAAUUUCCACGCCAAUUUCACAUCCAUAAAUUUCAUCGUUGCCAAUCCUAAUAACUCGAAGGAAACUGACACUUGCGAAUUUCAAAUACAUCCUAAUGAAGAUAUCAAAGUCGAAUUGCCUCCUAAAAAUGCAGAUGAAAUUAACAACAACGAGUACAAACUGAAGACUAAACUCGACCAGACAUUGACUUCAAUGACGUCAGAAGGUUUUACUCGCCGUAUAAAACCUGCGGUUUGUUCGCCGUUCAACUUUUGCACAAAAUCAGCCAACGUAUUCAACGAUUAUUUGCAGAGUUUUAUUAAAAACGUGAUGAAAAAAUGUUGGCUCAUAGGAAAUCCUAAACAAUGAACGGAAUCUGCGACCAAAAACCAAUAAUGUACGUUGAGCCUAUAAACGUUGAAUACAUUUUGAAAUGGUCGGAAUUUUAGACGAAUAACUUAUUCAUUGUAUGGUAAACCGACCCGACCCUACAUGUCUAAUUGUCUAGUGAGAUAUUAUUUUUAUGGUAUGUUAAUUUAAUAUUUUUAAGAACGUAUUUUGCAAGAUGAAGAUUAAAUUCCGGUCUGAUGAAUUUUAUCGCAUGAUUAAACCGAUCAAAACAAAAAUGAAAAUAAAUCUCUUGGAAUUUGAACAUGUGUUGGAGAAAAAUACAAGGUGGGGGAAAGAGCACAAAUUAUUAAAUCUUGAAAAAAAAAAAAA